AUGAUGUCCUCCCUUAUCCUCAUCCUUCUGUCCUUCAUUUCGCAGGCAGCUGCCUACCCUACAGCGGAUACCAAUGCUGGCAUUUCAAACCUUACAUCUCUUGCCGAUGGAAUCUGGCCUACAAAUCUUCCGAAUGGCACUGUCGUAUUCAACAAUGUGACAGCAGGCGAUGAGCGUUUCAACGAGCAUUGGCAAUACGACAACUCCGAUGAGUGUAAAUGGGCCAUGAGCUAUAUCCCCUUCGUCAGUUCCGAGUGCACAGAGUAUUGCGACGCCGACACCUACAACUGGGGUAAACAGUAUCACCGCCUCCGCUACCAUAUCAGGCUUUCGGGGAACGGUCAGGACCCCCACCUCUGGUGUGACAACUUUAGGGUGAGAAUGAUGCGCGACUGUGCCGUCCGGAAACCCGACUUCUUCAACUGCAAUACUGGCAGAGCUCCAGCGUCACCUAUGCUGGAUAGCUGGGCUGCCACACCCGCUGGAGUCGUGAAAGCGACCGGCAUCAACCUUAGAUUCGACUUUAGUCCAUACUGGAACUCCCGUGACGCACAGCACGACUGUGUUAGAUCGGCUAUCCGUGAAGCAACUUGCGCUGGAACGGUUUUCACCAACGGUCUUAGAUGCAUCCCUGUGUUGUAUAAGUCUCCGAACGCAGGUACCGCCGAGUUUGACGAGUCCUACGUACCACCUAAUCCGCGGUGUCUCUAUACCUAUGAGGUCCCGGAAGAGUCAACAUGA